CCGGCUUGCCGUCAGAUCAGAGUUACAAAGGGCAACAGCAGCGGCGGAGAGCGAUUGAGGUGCAUACUGUUCAGGUGGAUUGCCGGAAUGUGUCACUCUUCCGUGUUUUCGCCUCCCAUUUCUUUAUUUUAACUGCGGGCGUGUCCUUUUUGUGCUUUUAAUUGUAAUCUGUUUAAAGCUAAAGUUCGGAGUGCUUUGUGAUCAGCUGGAGGAUUCGUGUGCUAAUGGCUCUCGCGUUGCCACUCACUUUUACUUUUCCUCGCAGUUGUUUCCAGUGGAGUUGAAUACAGUAAUUUCUUUGUGCGGCGGCCUCGCGCCAACGUGUGCGUUCUUCUUCAUUUUUUUAACAAAGCUGGGAGGUGCUGAUUGAUGUGGCUCGGUGCUGCGUGGCUUCUUUUUUUCGUGAGCCAUGGCCGAGGCAGAGACUCCCGUCGCUCCCGAUGAGGAGCAGCAGCUUUUUAUGGAGGGCUUCGAUUCCGACACGGAAGGAGACACCGAGGAGCUUAAUUUCGGGGAUGAACUCGAACUGAACCAAUUCGACGGGCUGCCCCAUUCCUCUCGGUACUACAAGUUGUUAGCCCAGAGAAGGACAUUGGCUGUCUGGAAUGUAAAGGAUGAAUUUAUGGAGAGUCUCCGGAAGAGUCGGAUUGUAAUUUUGGCUGGGACAGCGAAUUCGGGCAAGAGCUCUCAGAUCCCCCAGUGGUGUGCUGAGUACUGCUUGUCUGCUGGAUUUCAGCAUGGGACAGUUGUCUGCACCCAAGUGCACCGCCAGAAUGCUGUGGGUCUUGCUUUGCGUGUAGCAGAUGAAAUGGAUGUCAACAUUGGCCAUGAAGUCGGGUACACUGUUCCCUUGGAGAGCUGUUGCACUAGUGAAACUGUUUUAAGGUACUGCACAGAUGAUUUACUUUUGAGAGAAAUUAUGUCAGAUCCUCUCUUGGAACAAUAUGGAGUUAUCAUUAUUGACCAAGCUCAUGAACGGACAGUGUCUACUGACAUUCUCUUGGGACUUCUCAAAGACAUUGGUCAUCAGAGACCAGAGCUUAGACUUGUUGUAAUUGCUGCUUCUCACAUGUCAAGCAAGCUGCUAACAUACUUUGGAGAGGUGCCUUGUAUCAAUGUGAACAAAAAGACCCAGGCAGAAGUGGUAUAUGGAAACAACCCCCUUGGUGAUUACUUUUACCGAGCUGUGAGCCUUGUGUUUGAAAUCCACAGUGCCAAGGAGGAAGGAGAUAUUGUUAUAUUUUUUGCCUCAAUGCAGGAGGCGAAUAGUGCCUAUGAUAUUGUUAUGCAAGAGGCUGUUAAUAUGAGUUCUAAUCUUGGACAGCUUGUUCCAAUUACUCUGAUCCCUCGGCAAGGUAUUUUUUUGUUCAGACAAACUGAAGAGCAGGAGAAAAAAAAUGCAACAUAUCUGAGAAGAAUUUUCCUGACCUCUUGCAUGGGAGAGGACCUAAUUUGGGCCACUGACAAUGUGAAAUUUGUUAUUGAUGCUGGAGUAGAGACAAAGAAUGUUUAUAAUACCAGGAUUCGAGCCAACUCCCUUGUCACACGACCCAUCAGCAAGCAGCAGUUUGAGAUGCGUCAACAGCUAGCAAACUCACCUGGGAAGUGUUUCUGCCUGUAUCCAGAAGACGCUAAGUUAUCUGAACAAACUCCUCCAGAGAUUUUGGAAACUAAAUUUACCAGCACAGUUUUGCUCUUAAAAAGGAUGAAUAUAGCUGGUUUGGGACAUUGUGACUUUCUGGACAGACCAGAUCCAGAAAGUCUCAUGCAAGCUCUUGAAGAACUGGAUUACUUGGCAGCCCUUGAUGAUGAUGGAAAUCUGUCGGAAAUUGGGAUUAUCAUGUCUGAGUUGCCAUUAGAUCCUCAGCUGGCAAAGGCUCUUCUGGCUUCCUGUGAAUUUGAUUGUGUAAAUGAGAUGUUAACAAUAGCAGCAAUGCUGACAGCACCGAGUUGUUUCCUCCAAGCUCCUGUUGGUGCUGAACAUGAAGCACAUGCAUCUCACAGCAAGUUUCAUCACCCUGAAGGAGACCACUUUACUCUGAUUAAUGUAUAUAAUGCCUAUAAGCAAAAUCAAUAUACUAAUCCAGAGAAAUGGUGUGCAGAUGCCUUUCUUUGCUGCUUUGCACUUCAAACCGCUGAUGCCAUCAGGUCUGAGUUAACUGACAUUUUAAGACGCAUUGAACUUCCCAUCUCAGAACCAUCUUUUGGCACAAAGGGUAACACUUUAAACAUAAAGAAAGCACUUCUGUCUGGAUACUUCAUGCAGAUUGCCCGGGAUGUAGACGGAUCAGGUAACUACUUUAUGCUGACCCACAAACACAUAGCUCAGCUACACCCUUCCUCUGGCUAUGGCUCGUGUGCAGAGAGGCUAGGACACCCAGAAUGGGUUUUGUUUCAUGAGUAUACCCUCUCAGAAAACAACUGCAUCAGAACCGUUUCAGAAAUCUCUCCUGAGAUGUUUGUUCAGAUUGCUCCACAAUACUUCUUCUGUAAUCUUCCUACUAGCGAAAGUAAGGAACUGCUACAGAAGAUCCUUGAUGAACUUCACUGUGAAAGAGAUGUCCAAAAUACUACAGCCCUUGGCGUUAAUACAGCUGAAGAUGAACAAGAAAAUCAGCCAUCUGACCGAUGCACUAUUCAAUAACACACCAUGCAAGGCAAUAUAAUCUGGAACUGUAGCAUAAUUUUAUAUGCAAAUAAGACAUGAUUCAAAUAUAUAUAUAUAUAUAUAUAUAUAUAUAUAUAAAAACAGACAGGGCUUUUUUUUAUUGUUAAUCACUGAAGAUGUACAUAUGCAUUUUGCAAGUGUUUUUAUUUAAGAAUUGUUUUAUAACAUAUCUUAUGUACAGCAUGUUUGAUUUGGAUGGUAUACAUAAUUAUGGAUUCAAAAAAGCACAAUUUACCCAAGUGUAAAAUUUCUGGGUGCAAUAUAUUCCUAAAAUUAAAACAGGUUUUGU